CCUGUAUUCAGCAAUAUGGGAUCAUGGCUGAGCCGUGCUGAUGGCAGAAGAAGAAGGCCGAAAGCACAGACUGAACACGGCAUAUAGCUCUCUCUCUCUCUGCCAUCUUGCAGCUUCAGGUGGUGCUCGUGUAGGAAGAGAGAGAGAGAGAGAGAGAGAAGGAAAGAAGAAAGGUGGAAAUGGAACUGCCAAAUCAUGCCAAACAACUGCUGCUGCAACUCAACCAGCAGAGAGCCAAGGGAUUCCUGUGUGAUGUUAUCAUCGUGGUGGAGAAUGCGCUCUUCCGUGCCCACAAGAACAUCCUGGCGGCAAGCAGCAUCUACUUCAAGUCUUUGGUCCUCCACGAUAACCUCAUUAACCUUGACACAGAGAUGGUUAACCCCUCUGUAUUCAGACAAGUUCUGGACUUCAUUUACACUGGGAAGCUCCUGUCCUCGUCGGACCAGAGCAGUGAGCAGAACUUCAGUGCCCUCUUAACCGCAGCCAGCUACCUCCAGCUCCAUGACCUUGCUGCUCUGUGCAGAAAGAAGCUCAAGCGCAGUGGUGGGAAACCCCUGCCAGGUAAACCUUCCACACCAGGUCCCCUUAGCCGCUUACGCCUCAACAACCAGCGCCUUUCCUCUUCUACCCCUGCUGGCCCCAACAACCACUAUCCUCCGACCCCUUCCGAUGCCGACCAGCCACAGCCAGAUGAAGGAAUUCGGGACAAGCUCUCAGAUGACGAAAUGUUUGUCGGCAGCUCGGGGAGGAAUGGGAAUGGAGGGAAUGGCAGCAGUAACGGGAAUCUUAGCAGUGGAGGAAGUGCUGGGGAGCCAGACCUUGGACUAGACCUGUCCAAGAAAAGCCCUCCCUCUGCAGGCACAGCCACUGAUGCCCUCAGCCCACACAGCAACUCCCAAGAAUCCCCUCAAUCUGCCUCAGUAUCCACAACCAACAGUGCCUCACUGGAUGACUCCUCUACCACCCUACCAGGUGUAGACACCUGUGGCUCAGAGACCAUGGAGCUCAACUCCUCCUCUAAAGCCUCAGAGGAAACCCAAAACCAGCCUGGGCCCCCACCUCAGAAGAAAUCCCGGCAGGGUGCUCGCAAGAAUGAAUGGCCUAAGAGAGAGGCGUCAGGGUUGAAGUCUGAAGAUCAUGACAAGCCCCUGGUUAAUGGGGUGAUUAUGGGUCCUAAAGAUGGCCGCUCCUCUGUAGUUGGAGGGGGCAGUGGUAGCAGCUUCGCCUCUGACCAGUCCUUCCAGUGUAAAGAUGAGGAAGAAGGAGGAGAGAAUGGCCAGGACCAUAGUGAUGAGAGUGGGCAAAGUGACGGAGAGAGUGCAGGAGGUGGGCGAGGAACAGGAGGCGGACACCAAAGCGCCAACUACGUGUACCGGCAGGAAGGUUUUGAGCCAGCUUUUGGAGACAACCUAUAUGUGUGCAUUCCCUGUGGUAAGGGCUUUCCCAGUUCUGAGCAGCUCAAUGCUCAUGUGGAGACACACACUGAGGAUGAGCUCUACAUCAAAGAGGAGGGAGGGACCUUUGUGAAAGAGGAAGAUGAGGAGGAGGCAGAGGACCUCUCUGCCCCUGUGGGUCCUUCCAGCUUUGGCUCUGAAACGCGUCCAUUCAAGUGUACAGUCUGCAGUAAGAGCUACAAAGACCCGGCAACGCUGAGACAACAUGAAAAGAGCCAUUGGCUGACCAGGCCUUUCCCAUGCAACAUCUGUGGCAAAAUGUUCACCCAGAGGGGCACCAUGACACGCCACAUGCGCAGCCACCUUGGUCUAAAGCCGUUUGCAUGUGAAGAGUGUGGCAUGCGCUUCACACGCCAGUACCGUCUGACAGAGCACAUGCGUGUCCACUCUGGGGAGAAGCCGUAUGAAUGUCAGCUAUGCGGAGGGAAGUUUACCCAGCAGCGCAACCUCAUCAGUCACCUGAGAAUGCACACCUCACCCUCUUAGAAAUGCAUCAAGCCAAAGAACUCUGGGAAUAGAAAAAAAAGAAACAUUUCUCUACCCUUUUUCCAUCUCAACAGCAAAGAAACGCACAUGUACACAUUCACAUGCAGACACACACAGUUCAACAUAUUAAUUCCAGUUUACGACGCCCUGGCUAAGUGAAUGAUGUAGCUGUUAGCCACAGUGGGCUCUUGGUGACGGUGGGAUCUUGUUGAUGCAAGGAUCAUGUCAUCAUUUAUAUCGAGUGAUGUCUGCUCACCUCUCAGGAGUUCUAGAGGGACAAUUACUCCUGUCUCUCUCCAAAGUCACAAAGCCAUGGUGGAGUGGCAUGACUUCUGGUCUGCGUUGUAAGUCUGUCAAAUGUGAAUGUGGGUACUGAUAUAAUGUCAAGCCCCCUCACCUCAUACCCCGCAGCAGCCUUUCUCUCUUCUACAUUUGAGCAUUGAGUCUUUGAAUUUUUCAGAUUGUUCCCCAAACUGAUUAAGUCAAGAGUCCCCUCUGUACUCCAGUGCUAUUUUGACCAAAAACCCAUGCAAACAAUACUGGCAAUAAUUCAGCAAAAAGAUUAUUUCUACCCUCACAGCUUUAUAUCCUUUGUUAUGUUGGUGAUGGGGAUCUGUGUGUAAGAAGAGGGGUUACUGGGUUCGGAACCAUCCCCAUGCUUUAACUGAAAGUCGGCUCAUGGUGGGAUGACAUUGGAUUAAGUUUUAGUUUUACAGACUACAAAUACUCAAAGUCUCUCUACAGCUGUUCACAAUAUUAUAGAGAGAUUUUCAUUGUUUUCGGUUUUGCCUGCUAGUGCUCCCAGGAAUGAAUCCUGGUUGGAAAGAUGAACCCCUUGAGGUACUUGUUUUACUUAAAGAACUUGUAAUGUUAAAGUGAAUGUUUAAACUGGAAGGUCUUGGGAUUUUUCUUGUGGAGGGGAGAUAUUUGGGUUGGGGUGGGGGGGUAGUUUGGGGUUAAGAAGAUGGUGUUUUAGACUGAACAUUAUGUUCAGUGGGUACAUUUAUUUUUUGUCUGUAUAGCUUUCCUCCCCUCGGAAAAAAGAAAAGUCUAUUUAUAUAGGCUUGUGACCUCGCUACCUCUGAUUACUCUUACAAACUCUGUUGAUUAGUUGAAAGUUCCUAUGUAAUUAAUUGUAAAAAGUGUGUAGAUUAUGGUAACUUUUCACCUAAUGCUUUAACCUGCCCAUCUCUCAACACAGGUUUUUAAUGCUCAUAGAUUUCACACAUUAAUAUUGUUUUUAGCUGUUGUUUUUACUUGUCAAAUACAGCUUUUUGGGUGCCCUGCUCAGUGUGGCCCCGCCUCAAAGUGUACUGUAGCUUCCUGCCUGGAGCAAAUAGUGGUUAGUUAGUGUAGAUGUAUAGUUUUCCAAAGAUCUUAUGAAUGUUGAGGAGGACAGAGCUAACUAACAAACAUUGCUAGACAAGUUCAUAACCAAAGUUUUUAAAAAGAUGUACUUAAGAUAUAUAACGUACUAAAUUAUUUUACUUUUGAUUUCUUUUUGCUGUAUAAAACAAAUUAUGAAUUAUAUUCUAAGUCCAGACAAAAAAAUCCACUGACACUGAGGAAGGUUCUUGUGGUUUGCAAGGAAAGCUUGUGCUGAUUGGUGGGCCGGUAUAAUGUAAACUUUACCACCUAACGAAAAUGGUAAAAUUUAAAAACUUGUUCCCUGAACAUGUUUUUCAUUUCUUUUUGUUUGUAUCCAGAGUCCUUAUCACUUUAUAUUCCCUGACUUUAAAAACAGGAUGUGUUCUGUUCAGACCAAAAAAAGAAAAAGGAAAAAAAAGAUAGCAAUUAUAAUCAGAAUUUUAAUGUGAAGUUCAAGUUGCUUGUUAGUUUUUUGAGCCAGACUUGUGAAAACUUGUAAUAAGAAGGGAGAAGCAGAGAUGCACUGGACAGUUGGACAACUCAUUGGUCUCCUGCAGCAUCCUUUUGUUUCUGAUUGUAUUCCAUUAUAUCACAGAAUGAUUUUAAAUUAUUUUAAACCUCUAAAGCUUUACCUCAUCAUAGACAACCAUAAGUUGGGAAUGGCCCCUCUGUUGUCUGUGGGUUUCACUGAAACAUGUCCAGUGUAUCUACUCUUAACAGUUACACUGUGGAGCAUGAACCUUCACUACAAGUUUUUGAUAUAGGCAUUCCUCUAUUAUGUUGGUUUAACUGUCUUCUCGAUUUUUUUUUUUUUUAUUAUUAUUCCUCUUUCGUCCUCAUGUUAUGGUCUGUAAAAUGUUUAUCAUAGGGAUGCAGCUACAGUUACACAAACAUCACCGUUUUAAGGUACCUGCGUCCUGGACUCCCAGAAUUGUUACUUGGUUAUGUUGGAUGUUGGUGUCUUGCUGUUAAGCAGUUGCUGUUUAGUGAUUGCAUGGUACAUCUAUGAAUUUUUCACACUCCCCACCCCCCAACCACAAACAUGUUAUUUAUCGCCUGAUAAAUCACCUGUUGCUUGUGACCUCUUCUAGCUUAAGAGGGAGUCCACAAUGCAUUGCCUUCAAACGUUAUUGUACUUGUCAGCACUUACUGCAAUACAGCAUAAUGUCUGUCAUGCAAAAAGUGUUUUUGUACAACAAGAUCUCUAGCCAUCUCUGCAAAAGACUUUGCAGCUGCAUUUGAAUGCUUGCUUGUUUGACAUAACGAAGAAAAAAACUACGAACUCCAAACUGUGACCAUACUACUACUACUACUACUACUACUAUUAUUAUUAUUAUUAUUACUACUACUACUACUACUAUUCAAAUACUUCAGGGAUUGUUCUGCAUCUGUGAAUGCAGACUCUCAGCUACAUUUGUAAGACAUAGUAUUGUAUCGAUUUCUCUGUAUUUUAAUCAUGGGAAAAGCAAAACACUAGUUUCAUAUUUAAGACAAACAGGGGGGUACUUUUUCAACUAACACAAAGAGCCUUGACAAAGGCGAGGCAGCUCGAAACAAGUCUACAUUUUUAGUUAGUUACACAGUAUGUUCAGAAAUAGUUGCAAAGUUGUACAAAGAACUAAGAAGAAAAAAAAGCUCAUACCCAAAUCCACAAACUAUUUUUUAAACCAAAGCACAUUUGAAUGAUUAUGGAACCAUGUGUGGCUCUAAAAAAGAAACAUAUGUAUUUAUCUCAUUGUUUACAUGAACUUUUACAGUUUUACAGACCUCAGUCAAGGCUCGGCCAGUCAGAGAGGUGGUUUUUGUGUGUAUUUUUUUUAAAAGAUGCUUUUCCACAGAGGUUGCUGCCAAAACAAAAGCAUAGCGUCAAACAUGGGGUGAACUGCUGCAUAUUCAAUUAAGGGGAGGGGUGUGUGGUUUAGGGACACCCCACCCCCACCUCCCUCUGCCAGCUGGCUUUGGGGUGACCCUGCGCCCCAGUCCACCUGCCCUCUGGCCUGUCUUCAGAUGGGACUGCAGCAAUGGGGGUGGGCAGUGCGUCCUUGACAUAUUAAUCAAAAGGCAUUGUUAGUCAGGGUCUUUAGCUCAAUGUUGUCUCUGUGUUUACCCAAAUGCACUUGAGGACUACCUCUGCUGAUUGGGUUUCUUAAUAUGUAAGAGUGGGUGGGUGAUGCUUGAAUGGUUUGGGUUGUUUUAGUAACGUGGUACAUCUCUUACGCUGGCGGUUUUUGAAACCUAUCUGGAGAAUGUAGCUUUGAUUUGUUCACUGCAUGUAAACAGGCUUACCUGGUAGUCUUAAUUGUGAAUGUUAUUGUUGUAUUUCUGCUUUUAUGAUGUUUUGAAACUUUUUUUUUUUAGCUUCCUGUGUUCUGUGGGUAAAAGCAGCACAAACCUCUGGCUGGCCAGGCCUCAUACAAAGUUGGUGCAAACACUUAUUGACAGUGUUCUUUUUUUAUCAAAUGUCUAUUGUCAGUGAUGAAUGUAUUUAUUUCUGGUCCUGCCCUCACCUCUGCAAAGAAUAUGCUCAGUGUGUGAGACUGAGGUGGAGGCAGGACCCCCUUUUUUUUUUUUUUCGUUUGAGGAUUUCAAGCUGAGAAUCAAAAAUGAGACACAAAACAUAGCCAUUAACCACAAUCUGUGAAGUUGACUUUUUUGUGGGAGAACUGAUUUUAUUUUCCCUAACUCAAAGAAAAUGGUCUAUGACAUUUAAUAUCUUCUUUCUCAGUUACACCUGACAUUCUGUAGUUUUUUUUUAUUUCAUGUGAUUGACUAUGGGUGUUUUUUGCCCAUUUGUUCUUGAGUUCUCACUGAAUGACUGCACACCAGGGGAGUUGAACUUUAACCCCUUGUGUGUGUCUGUGGACACAGGCAGGACACUGUGACCUGCCUGUGCAGAAAAGGAGGCUACUGUAUCUUUUCAAGCUUGCUCUCCCUGGGUGUUGCCAUGCUGCUGCCAUUAGGAAAAAAAACAUUCACACAGCAGAAACAUGCACAUAAUCAACACUUCUCUCAGUGGAACGGUAGUGUUUGUGUGACUAUUGUUACAUUUCUUGUCUUAAACCACUUGCCACUUCUUUCAUCUCUUUUACAUGACAUUUAUGUUUUUAGUGUCGGUUAGUUCUACAUCGGGGGAUUUUAGAAACGUUGGGUAAGAUAGCUUUACUAAGUGCACUUUGUAUGUUUUUCAAUGCCUCUGGGAAGACCCGGGCACUCUCAUAUCACUUCCCAUUUAACUGACGGUUUACUCUUUGUCUUUCUCGUCUUACCUCAUCAUUGUUCCUGUGUGUUUGUUGAAAUGUCAUAUCAUUAUGCAGUGUUACAAAAGCUUUAAAAAUGAAUAUACAAAGCAGGAAAUGCAACCGAUAGACUGUACUCUGCUCUAAGCAUUCAAGUUUCCAUCUCAUUUCUUGGUAUUAUUGUUGUUACAUUAUAUACAGUUGUUGCUAUUACCAUCCUCUCCAGGCAUUUUGUAUAGUAGAGGGGCUGGUCUGUCCAGUUAUUAUGGAGAUGCUCCUUCUUACCUCGGCAGACUAAACCAAAGCCAGUUUUAAAAUGGCCUCCAGUGCCAUUAAAACAUGUCUAAGCUUUAUUGUCCCUUGUUUCCUAUCUCAGAUUUACCUGACCCCCCGUUUUAGCCCUUUGACCCUCUGUAAUCUCUGUUACUGCGCAGGCGACUGUAUCCUCAGCUCUGCUGCAUUUUACAUUUCGCAUCAGUAUUUAGUGUACAGAAAAACAGAAAGCACCAAUUUACCUCAACUCUGUGUUUACAGAAAUGUGCUAUUUUUCCAUUACAUGUCAGCAUUUAUACUUUUUAACUUUUUUUUUUGCCGUCCAUCUGUAACCAAAAUAUGCUUUUUGAAAUGGAGUUUGUUGCAGCAUAUUUUCAUACGUAACCUUUAAUUUAAUUGGCAUCUUUUUAUUUAACCUAAUUCACAAAGGCAUAGUGUCACCUUGAUGUGCACUACGUUGAUGGAAAGACAUGAUUAGCUGCUAAAAAAUAGUACUUGAAGAGUUGAUUAGUGGAGCUGCCCAUGAAGUCGGCUUCCUCUCUGGUCUGUUUUCUUCAGGAAGAGCCUCUCAAUAAUGUAUCAGGAUCCGUGGGCUGAAAGGCUCUGAAAUGGACAUGUAGGGUCUUUGCUGAUGAAUAAUUAAAGACCGAGAAGCCCUCCCCCUUGGCAAACACACUUCACAUGCAAAGGUGUACACACCCAGGUGCACUUUUGCUGGCAUGUAUGCAUGUACACCUCCACUCAUGCAAACGCAGAUGCCACCGUCUACACUUCAAACAACCUAACAUGCACACACCAGUAUUUAAGGUGAAAUUCUGUGACUCUUUUUGUGGCUUUUGGCAGCACCCAGGUUGGGCUCUCUCUUUAUCUCCACUCCUCAGAGAGCUCGUAUUCAGGUCAGAGCCACCGCCGUGCAUAGCGAUGGGGCUCGCAAACUCAAAGUGUCAUAAAAGUGUAAUACAGCUGACCUCAGCACUCACAACCUUGCAGUCUUAAUGUACAGCAGUGAGGAAAAAUAAACUGUUAUUUUAUGAUCUUUUCAUUAAAAGCUUGAUUGAAAACCAA